AUGAAGCCUCCCAUUAACAAUGCCGAUGGCAGGUCUGAAAAUUUACACAGUCAACGGUUUGAUGCUGGAAAUCAUCAUCAAGGCUUGAGAGCAAUUGCUGCAGGACUUGCUACGUUUCACAAGCGCUUUCUAAAUGAGCUAGAGCGGCGCAGACGCCUGGCUUCUGCUGGAGCUUCAUCUGCAGACGUUGUCGUCGGGACACCAUCCACUUCUGGCGAGAAUCGGUCUCGUGUCUCCACGACCCUCUCCGAUGCAGCCUGUCCUCUUGUGCCUCCCUCCUCGUCGGCAGUCGCGGAAAUUCCAGACUCGGGCAAUGCAGCCUCUGAGGGUAUAUGUACAGCCACUCCACCAGGGUCACAACAACAACAGCAGCAACAGCAUCAUCACCAUCAUCAUCACCAUCGCCAUCCACACAAGUUAAGUGUGAGUUCCGGUGGAGGUGGGCCCGCAGUAGGAGGCAACAACCUUAGUAGCAGGGACGAAAACCCCCCAGAGGUGGGCACUUUUUUGCUUGCAGCUACUCCUCUCUCCAUUAUCAGUGGCGCCUUUUGCCCACAUUUUUUAAGCGUAUUACCUCGAGAUGGUGCAGACACAAUUUGA